GCAGGCCAUUAUCGUUCCGGCAUCUGGAGGAGCAAAAUCAGCCAUGGCGGACGAGGAAGCACCGCGACAGCCGGUCGGCGGAUAUAUCAGGCCUCCAAAGACGGAGUCGAAUUGCGUCAAGUUCACGCUGUUCGGGACAAACGUCGUCAUAUGGAUACUAGGCGUGGUUGUUCUGAUUGUGUCAGUGGUGUUACUGUGCGGCCGGGGAUCGUACAGUGACCUGGAUGAGGUGCGAAGUAUACGGGAGUCCGCCAUCACGGGCAUCUGCUUGGGCCUCAUACUCUUCUUCACGGGCUUCCUGGGAUGCUGCGGUGCCGCCAAGGAAAACGUCUGCAUGCUGGCCACGUACUUCUUCGUCCUCGUGGUAGCGUUGCUAUUCGAGAUAGCCGUCAUGGCUCUCGCCUUGGCCUACGUCUCCAGCUCCAAGUUGGACGAAUCAGUGACCGGUGGACUUGAGGAUUUGAUCACGAGCGGACGCAGAGAAGACAUCCAGCUCCUUUACAACUUGCAGGAAAAUAUGCGUUGCUGUGGAGCAAGGGAUGCAAGCGAUUACGAGAAGCACGAGCUUCCAGUGCCCCCGAGCUGUUACGACGACACCGACCCCAGCAAGCCAUAUCUGUACCCUGAUGGUUGUGUCUCCGCCCUCAAGCACUACGUGCGGUCCAACGGACUCGCUAUCGGCCUCGCGGCAUUCUUCACUUUCUUCUUGCAGGUGUGUGCCAUGGCCGGAGCUGCAGUGCUCAUGAGACGCAAGAGGAACGUCAAGCUGCCACCGUGACCUCGCUCAUCCACUACCAGACACAUUGUUGUUGUGUUAAUUGUGUUCCAUCAUUAUUUGCUCCUGUACACUUGGCUGUACCUAUUACUUGGGCUGACGCAGGUCAGGCACCAUGCUUCCGCGUUUCUUGAUUCAUCAUAAAGAAUAUCGAUCCCUGUUA